GUUAUUCCCCCUCAGCAGGCUCACUCUCAGUAUCUCGUCCUCUGCUCUCAAUCUCUCUUGCGCUCUCUAGCUCAGCGGACAGACGAGACCUCUCCUCCGUACCGUCGUUUCUUUCCUCCUUCCUCUCCUCUUUUACCCAGGUUUUUUUCUUUCUUCUUCUUGGUAUAUUUAAAAUAUUCUAUCCUCUCUCUAAGAGCUCUCCCCUUCUGUCAGGGGAGUAGUUGGCAUCCCCAAAAAGUAGGUGUUUUACAGUGUGUGAGUGAGUGAGUGUGCGUAUUUUCCGGGGGGUCUCAGAAUGGAAGCUGUGGCACUGUACACCUUCCGUGCCACUGAAGGAGAUGAACUUAGUUUCAACAAAGGGGACUUGCUCAAGAUCACCAACAUGGAGGACGAUCCAAACUGGUACACGGCUGAGCUCCACAACAGAAAAGGCUUCGUCCCGAAAAACUACAUAAACCUGCGACCUCAUGCAUGGUUCGCCGGUCGUAUAUCUCGUGGUGUGGCAGAAAGUCGGCUCCGACAGAGGGAGUGCGGAGCGUUUCUGGUCAGAGAGAGUGAGAGUGCUCCGGGAGAGUUCUCCAUGUCUGUCAGUUAUGGGGAUCACGUGCAGCAUUUCAAGGUGCUGCAGGACCGCUGCGGUCAGUACUACGUGUGGGACGAGCGCUUCUCCUCCCUGAACGAACUGGUGGAGUUCUACCACGGCAACAGCAUCGCCAAGGAGAGGAACGUCUUUCUGAUGGACCCCAAACACUUUGCCAGGCGUCCACAUCACGCACAUGCCCUCUACGACUUCUCCCCCCACCACUCAUCCCAGCUGCGCUUCCUGCGCGGUGAUGUCAUUGAACUCAUUGACUGCUCCGACUCCACGCGCUGGAGGGGGCGCUGCCGAGGCCACGUGGGUUACUUCCCGCCGGAAUACGUGCAGCCAAUUUACCAGUGCCAGUGAACUGAAGAGGUGUCAAUCAAACGCCGGACCGCUCCCACGGGUUCCUCUGCGUCCCAUCAAGACCCCGCCCCUUGACAUUGCUCCACCGCUUUGCACUUGUACAGAAAAAUUUUUGGAGCGAACGAGUGAUGAGCUUCUGCUCAUUUGUUACAUAUUUUUCCGUGUCAGUCACAAACGUCAACCAGUCGGCUACAAUAGUCCAGAUGCUUCUGUAAUCGCUGAAACAGACCAGAUGUGGACCUACACACUGUGGACAAUUUCACACACACAUGCGCAACACACACACACACAACCACACAUAACCCCAGUGCAAGCGAAUAGGGAUUGGAAGGACCGCGUGAACUUUCACAGGUUUUUUCUCCGCUGCAGAUGAGUCAGGGAUUUCUCCAGUGACUUGCAGCCGUUCCACAGUGAGAUUUGACAUGAAACGUUAUGAAGUUGUAAAAGUGUUUCUGAAAAUUCCGUGGAGACAGAAGAAUCUCCUCCACCCUUGGAAAAAUGUGUGAACUGAUUGUCUGUGUUUGAGGUAAUAUAAUUAUAUAGGGUCCCAACUUCAAACUUUAUGUCAAAAAAAGUGAACAGUGUCACCUUGGGCUGAACCUCAUACUGUCGUUGUUUUUUUUUACUCUGUGUAUUUAUUCUACUUCACACGGACUCUUACAUGUAAUACUGAACGUUGUAUAAAGAGUUUUGUUUCUAUUGUGACAUGUUUAAAAAAAACACAGUUUUAUGUGACAACCAGUGAGAACUACGACUGCUCCUAACCUGUAAUGACAUUAAAAUAAAGUUGAACAUUUACCACU